AACUGCACCCAAGUUUCCACAUCCCGCUCACAAAACGUCUCUUCCAUGAGCUUUCUCGGGCAUUUGGAUGCUUCCACAAAGCGAUAUCAGUACAUCCAUCACAUAAAGUACAACUAUGAACGGCUUAAAAUCCACUAUGUUCACAAUAAGUACAGCACCAGCAGAAAUCCCCGGGUAGUUCAAGGACGUAUCCCGAACGAAAGGUUAAUAUCGUUGAGAACUUAUCCCCACGAUGAAUAUCUCUUGAAACCGGGAGAAUACUUUGAUUUUGCAAGCGCCUACGUCAAUAAAGGGAAUCAGGCUGCGCAGCUCCCCAUCACGCUUUCCCAUGUUUGCUCGGAAGGAGAUUUGUUGGAGAACGAAGGGUACGAGCCCCUCAUUCGCGUCAACUCGGCACCACCUACAAUUUUGGUUCAUUCUCCCGAAGACCCUGCAAAGCGCAUGGCCACCAUCGUUCCGAAUGGAAGUUCCUGUAAAUGCAGUUGCCACCUCCACGAACACCUUCCGGAGCCCGAAACCAUGGAGGAGCUCCUCACGAUGCAUGGCAACCUUGGAGAAAGUAAAAGUGGAGCUGGUGGUGAUAGCCCACUCUCUUACAUUGAAGACGAAAAUAUCUACCUGCCACGGAAAAAACACCGGUUUUGGGGGUUGGGAAGGAAGAGAAUGUCUAAUGGAGCUAACGUUCCUUCACCAAUAUUGGAGUGCAACUCUGCUUCCCCGGGCUUGCGAGAGGAUAAGCCGAGGCUUUCUCAUAGUGAAGGAAAACUAAGUCCGGUGGUGAUCAAAAACAGUUAUGGCCAUCCCAGGCCUCGGCAUUCGGAAGUCAAAAGCGAGAAAACGCCAAUCAUGAGCCGCCUUUCCUCGAUGAAACGGUUAGGAUCGUUGGAGACGAGAAUCAGCCGGCUCAGUACCGAGGCUGAGUCCCACCUCACCGAGGGAUGUCAGUGCUACAGGUGUGAGCGCCUGCGGUUGGGAAGCGGAGAAGCAGUUUGGAAGAGAGUCAUGAAUGACGUUUCGCUAAGCGCGGCCAGAAUUAGUAUCGGUGCGAAGCCCAAACCACUCAACGCGUACAUCAAUCUUUCUGCUGAUUUCACAAGUGCUAAAUGUUCGCCGGUUACUAAUACGAAAACCUCUUCUCCGCUUACUCCUAUCGAUGAUAUCUCCUAUUAUGUCCCACCAGUGUUAUCUGAGGUAUCAGGUAGCUGCUGUACCCAGAGCAUAAACGACUUGUCGCACCGGGAAAUAAACAAUGUGCAAAGGGAAAGACCGAGUACCUCACACACGGAGGUUUUACCAGCAGAGUACCCCAACCAAGCCUCACCAUACAGUGCGCUAUUCUCGGGCUAUUACAGUGAAGCUGAAACUCCUUGGAAGUCUAGACGAUCGACCAUGGUUCCCCCGCGCUCCCAGGCUAACUCCGAGAGCAGAAGCAUCCGUGAGAGGCAGCGCCUGGGUGAUGAGAAUGGUAACCUUACGAAUACGGUUGCCUAUUUUGAUCAGCAACACCCGGGGGGAGAGAUGCUCCAGUCAUUAAAUAUUGGUGGGAUUAAGAGACUGGUUGACUCGAGUGGAAGGAGUAUGUUUGGCAGUGACAAGAGCUUGUCCCGGGGCGGCGUGUAUGUAGACUAAGGAUUCCAACGAGUAUCGGG